CACGUUCCAUAUACUGAUAUACGCGAUAGGGAGAAGCCCCGAACCCCUCGCUCCAUCAUUUGGGAUUCUCUCCACAGCAGAAGCCGCAGAACAGAGGAAACAGAGGAUGGGCCGAAGCAGGGCGCCUAAGCUCCCCUGUUUGCGAUUGGGUCUCUUCUUCUUCUUCUUCUUCGUUGUUUUCGCGUUGAGGUGCGAUGGAGGAGGAGUCACGAGCAGGUACGUGAGGAAGCUCGCGGCCACCGUUGAUAUGCCCCUGGACAGCGAUGUGUUCCGUGUACCCCCCGGUUACAAUGCUCCGCAGCAGGUUCAUAUAACUCAAGGGGACCAUGAUGGCUCUGCUGUGAUUGUAUCAUGGGUCACUACAAGCGAGCGCGGCUCUAGCAUUGUUCUUUUCGGGACUUCGAAGGACAAGCUCGAGUACUCGGCUAAGGGAUCUUAUACUCGGUACAAGUUCUACAACUACACCUCGGGAUUUAUCCAUCACUGCACUCUCGAAGAUUUGAAGUUCGACACGAAGUACUAUUACGCAGUAGGGAUUGGUUAUACAGUGAGGCAAUUCUGGUUCAAAACUCCUCCUCAACCCGGUCCGGAUGUUCCGUAUACUUUUGGCCUUAUCGGUGAUCUUGGUCAGAGUUAUGACUCGAACUCUACGCUUUCUCAUUACCAGUCGAACCCAAAUGCGGAGGCGGUGCUCUUCGUAGGCGACCUCUCUUAUGCAGAUAACUAUCCAAAUCACGACAACGUGAGGUGGGAUACGUGGGGGCGGUUCGUUGAGAGGAGCGUCGCCUAUCAACCUUGGAUUUGGACUGCGGGCAAUCACGAGAUCGAUUUCGCUCCCGAAAUUGGUGAAACUAAGCCAUUCAAACCGUACCGACACCGAUAUCAUGUUCCGUAUAAGGCUUCCGGUAGCACAUCUCCAUUUUGGUAUUCCAUUAAAAGAGCUUCGGCAUACAUCAUUGUUUUGGCUUCAUAUUCGGCGUACGGAAAGUACACACCUCAAUACAAGUGGCUCGAAGCCGAGCUACCGAAAGUGAACCGAAGCGAGACACCGUGGUUGAUCGUCCUCAUGCAUGCGCCGUGGUACAACAGCUACAACUACCAUUACAUGGAAGGCGAAACCAUGAGAGUGAUGUACGAGCCGUGGUUCGUGCAAUACAAAGUCGACGUAGUGUUCGCAGGCCACGUCCACGCCUACGAACGCAGCCAUAGAAUUUCGAACAUUGCAUAUAACAUUGUGAACGGAAAGUGUACGCCGGUUCCUGAUUUAUCGGCUCCGGUUUACGUUACCAUCGGCGACGGAGGGAACCUCGAAGGCCUCGCUACCAACAUGACCGAGCCGCAGCCGAGCUACUCGGCUUUUAGAGAGGCGAGCUUCGGCCACGCCAUCUUCGAGAUCAAGAACAAGACACAUGCUUACUAUACCUGGCAUCGGAAUCACGACGGGAACGCGGUGGCCGCUGAUUCGAUGUGGUUCACUAAUAGAUACUGGCACACUACAGAUGAUACUUACGUCGCGUAAUCGUCAUUUCUUCGAUGUAGAUCUUCGCAAAAUAAAAAUAAGCCUUUGAGUUUAUGAAUCAUUGCAUUUAUUUAGUCGAUUCGUACUUUGUCGAUAACUCGAGUUUUUUUUUUUUUUUUUUUCUUUUCUUUUCCCUGAUUUGAAUUCAAUAAAAAGUUUCUUCCUAGAUUCUCAGUUGUAACAUUAUAUCAUGGACUUGGAACUCAUUUGAUUUAUUUUAAUUUUAUUUUCUAUUUUUUGUG